AUGUCUUCAAGCAUUCAUCAAUAUGGUCUGCUGAUGGCUGCAGCUGACGGUUCCCGCAUCUGCGGCGGGAAGGACUCUGAUUUGGCACGCUCCUUCAAUAAUGAGAGGAGCCGGGCGCUGACUACCAUCAAAAAAAUAAGCCUUUCAGCAAGGCGCGCUUUGCAGCUGGUUUCGCGGAGCAUUGAACACCGUGGCCCUUUGCGAAGUGGCAGCGCUAGUGAUGUUUCAUGUGACGCGCAGACCCCGGGGGACAGCUCGCUGUGCUCACAUAUCGCCGCGCUGCCAGAACAUUUACCCGAUAACAAUAACAGCUUCUGUGUCCAUCAACUUGCCGACCUUCCCUCCCCCAAGGUUUCCACCGUUCCCACACCCGAAUCAUUGCGCCGCGUGGAAGACCCCGGCCGGCAGCCCCCAUUAUCCAUUCAACCGCAGCAGUCUCAAUUCCAGAAAUCAUCUGCACCACCGGUCUCAUCAACGGUGAAGCCGCGAUCGCUACUCAGCGCGCUUUUGAAGCGCCAGUCCUCCAGCACUUCGAUAAUUGCCGACGCCGGGACGACUGCGCCCGCCAAUUCAGCUUCGCUGCAAAAGCCACCAACCCCUCCAGGCCCUCCCGCUUGCAGCUCACUCUGCCACGUACCCAACCCGGGACACUCUCCAGGACCACGGGCUCCACAGGCCUGCGCGAUGGGGUGGCUGUACGACUCUCUGCCAGCUCAGCAGGACCGCCGCAACCCAUUGCCAUCCCCAAUGCUCGUCCUGCAACAUCCAUCCCGCCACCACGCGGCUGAACGCAUAGACGUGAGUCUCUCAGCCCCCAACCCGCACGUGGCAUCGCUUAAGCGAGUCUUGAAGGGCUUGGAGCACAGCACUGAAGCAACAGCAGCAGCGGCAGCGGCAACGCCGCUGUUGCCGCCAUCAGCCUUACAACCAGUAGUGGCUGCAUGCGCUUCCUCAGUGAGAGUAGCCAACAGGGCAGCCGCACCGCUGCAGGUGCAAGCGGCGGACUCCAUAAACCUCCCUGGCACGCAAGCCUCACCUCCUGUGGAAGGCUAUCGAAGGGUACCCCUCCUGAACCCAAGCGCCGAGGAGGCAGCGCUCAGAGAGCCUUCUCCUGUUAUGCCAGCUACCAGCCUGCUGGCUUUAUCGCUUGGCGGCGUCGGGCGGGGCGACAUCAGCAGCGUCGUGCAACGUCUGAGUCCUGGGGCUAGCUUGCAGAAGCGGCUGUACAAGGGCAAAAUGUCUUCCGUGUACAAGGGCCGCUGCUUGCAAUCUGGCCUGCCGGUCGCCCUGAAAGUGUACUUCAAGGAUCGCGUGCCCGCCAACGUAAUUCACAUGGUGAUGCGGGAGGUCAGCAUCCACCUACAGGCCACGGAGCAACGAAACGUGCUAAAGCUGUACGGCGUCUUCCAGAACGAUGACGUUAUCGUACUGGUCUUGGAGCUGGCGGCGCGCGGCAGCCUGUCGGGCAUCUGCAAGAGUAUUAAUGGCGGGCGGCUGAGUGAGGCACAAGUACGGCAGACAGUCGUGGAACCCUUGUUGGAUGCGUUGUCGUACUUGCACGGCAAGGGCGUGUGCCACCGAGACAUCAAGGCAGGUUGCAACGGCCCAAGGCCCGAGAACCUGCUGAUCACUGCCGACUGGGGCCUCCGUCUCGCAGACUUCGGGGUGUCCAUAAACCUCACGGAGGAGCGGGCGGUCACAAGAGCAGGGACAGGUGACUACAUGGCGCCAGAGGUGGAGCGCUGCCCUCUCAAGGCCCACCCAGAGGAGAACAAGGAAGACACGUCCCUGGCGUACACAACGGCGGCGGAGCCUUCCCUUCAGGGCCGGUUUUCUGGCCUCUGCCGUGUCGCCCCGUGCCGUGCCGUGGCCCAACACGGCAGAGGCCCGAAAACUGGCGUCACGGUGCUUCUUCAGGACGUUUGGAGUGUGGGUGUUUUGGUGUACGAGCUGCUGGUCGGCUUCCCGCCCAUACUGCUCGGCAAGGGUGGCCUCAAAUUCCCCGCCUCCGUGUCCCCUGGGGCACGUGACUUCAUCAUCUCCGCGCUGGCCCAUCUGCCGGAGGAACGACCCACGGUUCGGCAGUUGCGCUGCCACCCCUGGAUGCUGGCCGCCGGCGCUGCAGCAGACCAGGGUCAACGGCGGGAUAUCGAGCUGUAACGGCUUCACAGAGGCUGUGAGUCUGGGCAGGGCCGGGGCGGGUGGAGAGAGCUGACAUCUGGGGAUAGGAAUGUAAACGUGAAUGAAAACGACGAUGGGAUUGUUCGGCUGAGCGGUUCGCACUUUCCUUGGCGAGACGCCUUGAUGGCUUGAGACGCGGGAGUGGCCACGCGAAUCUGUGUGUUCAUGGCUGGACGG